UCUAGCGGAGCACAGAGAUGACCGUACAGUUCUCCGAUUAGGGUUCAUCAGAGGCUCAACAGAAAGUGUGAGGGAGAAACCCCGGAGAGGAGCCGGAUCGAUCAGAGAUAUGUUUGGAUUGAAGCGAUUAAUACCUCAUGCUUGCUCGAUUCGAGCUUCUUUAACUAUGCAGCUCUCUGGUUACCAGGAAAAAUUCCUUGUUUUUCCUUCGCAGCAUUUGUCUCACCUGAUUUCCAACCGAUUCCUCGACAUUUAUCAGCUUGGAAACAAAACAGCCAUUGAGAAAGAGCGCGCUCGGCUUGCAGAUGAAAUGAACAGAGGAUACUUCGCUGAUAUUUCAGAGCUUAAGCAACACGGUGGAAAGAUUGCAGCAGCUAACAAGAUUCUAAUUCCGGCUGUGGCUGCUGUAAAAUUUCCGGAUUUUGAAGUGAGCUACUCUGAUGCUAAAACGUUGAAGCUACCAGUUAAAUUUGAUGCUAAUGUGGUUGAAGCCAAUAGUUCGGCCUUGCCUGUGGCCACUUUACUGUGUCUUUCUUUCAGGGCAAGCUCUCAGCCCAUGAUUGAUUCUUGGAGUGCUCCUUUUCUCGAUGCCUUUUCUAGUUCAAAGAAUGUCCAGCUAUAUGAGGUUUCAUUUAUAGAUUCUUGGUUCUUAUGUCGGAACCCGAUUAAGAGAGUGCUUCUUCGGCUAAUGAGGAAAUCCAGUGACAAUGCACAAAAUGAUUCACUUCAGAGGCAGGUUGUAUACUCAUUUGGCGACCAUUAUUACUUCAGAAAAGAGCUAAAAAUACUGAAUCUUCUCACUGGGUAUAUAUUCCUGCUUGACAAAUUUGGUAGAAUAAGAUGGCAAGGUUUUGGAUUAGCAACUCAAGAGGAGUUGUCUUCCCUUCUUUCAUGCACGUCACUUAUUUUGGAAGAGAAAUGAGAAAUUAUCUGCUGAUUCACCUCAGAACCGAUGCAGCAAGAAAGAUUAGCAGAUGCUCGAGCCAGUACCGAUCAAUAAAGAUGAUCUGUUUUUCAAAUGGUGUGAAUUAACACCAAGGAAAGAUUUUGUGAGGGCUAAAUUUCUGGAAAGCAGAGUAUUACAUAAUGAAGUUUACGUGGUCAAAUGUGAGAUGACGACUGUUGUGAAAUGUAUGCUCAUUUGACUCCCAAGGUUUUGUUUGUAAUUUGACAUGUAUCUUGUCCUUUUAUUGUUGAGAGAACGCCAAGGUUAAUAAUGCCCCUUCACUUCUGCUAAUGARAUAUCUUUCUAUAAUUUCAAAA